CUGUGACAGGCAAUGUGAUAUGAUCCAGACCGCUGAAGCUAGAGCUGAUCUCCCCUGUCUCCACGGGGAGGGCCCGCAGGAGAAAGGCCCAGGUUCUUCCUGCCUGAACCAAUCCAGUGGGAAGAUCUUGGUCAUAAGAAUUUGAGUCCACUAGGUUCUUUAGGUUUUUGAGUUGUUUGCAUAUCCUGAGUAUCAAUGCCCUAUCUGAGAAGCAGGUACCUUCGAAGUUCAUAACUAUCUUAAAAUCUGAGGAUUCCACCAAGAUAAUAUGAUAAGAACUCGCAAUGAUUUGGGACCACAUCCUACUUAAACUAAUGUAAGACGUGCAGAUUUCAUGAGAGUGUGGUACAGCUGCGAACAUUGCUUUCCCAUUGGCAUAGGCAGUAAUGCCAUCUCUGCCUCAGGAGGGAGUUAUUCAGGGACCCUCUCCCCUGGAUCUGAAUAUGGAGUUACCUUAUCAAAGCACCAUGAAAAGAAAAGUCAGAAAGAAGAAAAAGAAGGGAAUCAUUACUGCAAAUGUUGCUGGGACAAAAUUUGAAAUUGUUCGCUUAGUAAUAGAUGAAAUGGGAUUUUUGAAAACUCCAGAUGAGGAUGAAACGAGUAAUCUUAUAUGGUGUGAUUCUGCUGUUCAGCAGGAGAAAAUUGUAGAGCUGCAGAAUUACCAGAGGAUCAACCAUUUUCCAGGAAUGGGGGAGAUCUGUAGAAAGGAUUUCUUAGCAAGAAAUAUGACCAAAAUGAUCAAGUCUCGGCCUCUGGAUUAUACCUUUAUUCCUCGAACAUGGAUCUUCCCUUCUGAAUAUACUCAAUUCCAGAACUACGUGAAAGAAUUGAAGAAAAAACGGAAGCAGAAAACUUUUAUAGUAAAACCAGCUAAUGGUGCAAUGGGUCAUGGGAUUUCUUUGAUACGAAAUGGUGACAAACUUCCAUCUCAGGAUCAUUUAAUUGUUCAAGAAUACAUUGAAAAGCCUUUUCUAAUGGAAGGUUACAAGUUUGAUUUACGAAUUUAUAUUCUGGUAACAUCAUGUGAUCCACUAAAAAUAUUUCUCUACCAUGAUGGACUUGUGCGAAUGGGAACAGAAAAGUAUAUUCCACCUAAUGAGUCCAAUUUGACCCAGUUAUACAUGCAUCUGACAAACUACUCUGUGAACAAGCAUAAUGAACGUUUUGAACGGGAUGAAACUGAAAACAAAGGCAGCAAACGUUCCAUCAAAUGGUUUACAGAAUUCCUACAAGACAAUCAACACGACGUUGCUAAGUUUUGGAGUGAUAUUUCAGAAUUGGUGGUGAAGACUCUGAUUGUAGCUGAACCUCAUGUCCUGCAUGCGUAUCGAAUGUGUAGGCCUGGUCAACCUCCAGGCAGUGAAAGUGUCUGCUUUGAAGUUCUGGGUUUUGACAUUUUGUUGGAUAGAAAACUAAAACCAUGGCUUCUGGAGAUUAAUCGAGCCCCAAGUUUCGGAACUGAUCAGAAAAUAGACUAUGAUGUAAAAAGGGGUGUGUUGCUCAAUGCACUGAAGCUAUUAAACAUCAGGACCAGCGAUAAAAGGAGAAACUUGGCCAAACAAAAAGCUGAGGCUCAAAAGAGGCUUUAUGGUCAAAAUUCAAUAAAAAGACUCUUACCAGGUUCCUCAGAUUGGGAACAGCAGAGACACCAACUGGAGAGGCGGAAAGAAGAGUUGAAAGAGAGACUUGCUCAAAUACGGAAGCAGAUUUCAAGAGAAGAACAUGAAAAUCGACAUAUGGGGAAUUAUAGACGAAUUUAUCCUCCAGAUGAUAAAACACUGCUUGAGAAGUAUGAAAAUUUGUUGGCUGUUGCCUUUCAGACCUUCCUUUCAGGAAGAGCAGCCUCAUUCCAGCGAGAGCUGAAUAAUCCUUUGAAAAAAAUGAAGGAGGAAGAUAUUUUGGAUCUUCUGGAACAGUGUGAAAUUGAUGAUGAAAAAUUGAUGGGAAAAGCUACCAGGCCUCGAGGACCAAAGCCUCUAUGUUCUAUGCCAGAGAGUUCCGAGGUAAUGAAAAAGCAGAAGUAUUGCAGCAGCGACAGCAGUUAUGAGAGUAGCGGCAGCUCCUCAGAAUCUGACGAAAACGAAGAAUAUCAAAAUAAGAAAGGAGAUGAAGAGCAAGUUCCAUAUGAUCUUAAGCACUCCAACCACUGCAAAUUAGUUCAACAAUCCAGCAAUUCACUUGAAUGUAUCUGUGAGCCACACAAUUGUGAAAUAGUAGAAGUUUUGUUCCCUCCUAUUUUCAUCACAGAUUCCAUGAGGAGGUCAGUCAGUUGCCCUCGGUCCAUCUCUACUCACUCACCUCCCAUGGGGGACAUUCGCCCUGUUUCUGCUCAACAAGUGAUAUCAAUAUCACGGCCAACUUCAGCAUCUCGGUCACAUUCCUUAAAUCGUGCUUCCUCCUACAUGAAACAGCUCCCUCCUGGUAAUGAAGCCAACUCUGCCAACUCUGAGGUGAGUGAGACUUUGCGGCAACUGAAAUCAAAAGAACAAGACGAAGAUUUAACAAGUCAGACCUUAUUUGUUCUCAAAGACAUGAGGAUCCGGUUUCCAGGGAAGUCAGAUGCAGAAUCAGAACUUCUGAUAGAAGAUAUCAUCGAUAACUGGAAGUAUCAUAAAACAAAAGUGGCUUCAUAUUGGCUCAUAAAAUUGGAUUCUGUGAAACAGCGAAAAGUGUUGGACAUAGUAAAAACAAGCAUUCGCACAGUUCUUCCACGCAUCUGGAAGGUAGCUGAUGUUGAGGAAGUAAAUUUAUAUCGGAUUUUCAACCGGGUUUUUAAUCGCUUACUCUGGAGUCAUGGCCAAGGACUCUGGAAUUGUUUCUGUGAUUCAGGAUCCUCCUGGGAGAGUAUAUUCAGUAGAAGCCCAGAGAUGGUAACUCCUUUGCAGCUCCAGUGUUGCCAGCGCCUGGUGGAGCUUUGUAAACAGUGCUUGCUAGUGGUUUACAAAUAUGCAACCGACACAAGAGGAUCACUCUCAGGCAUUGGUCCUGACUGGGGUAAUUCCAGGUAUUUACUACCAGGAAGUACCCAGUUCUUCAUGAGAACACCAAUCUACAACACGAAAUACAAUUCUCCUGGAAUGACUCGCUCCAAUAUUUUGUUUACAUCCCGAUAUGGCCAUUCAUGAAACUGAAAGGAAGAUCCAUCAUAGGUCAUGCAUAAUAGCAAUUAAUUUACUGCCUCAAGUUGAACACACAAAGACAGUAACCAUUAAGUGCUGUUUUAUGUAUAUAUGACAUAUAUGUGUGGAAAUAUAUGCACACAUGCACUCAAAUUAUAUAUGUAUAUAUAUAUAUUUAUUAUAAUAUAUGAAAGAAGAAUUAGCAGAAAACUGAAUAUAAGAUUUAACCUUUCUGGAAAUGUAAUAAACCAUGUUAAAUUGUUUACACAAAUAUGUGAAUGUCUAGAAUUUGCUAGGUUUAUAAUUCCUUCCUACUAGAAAUGUUAUUUUUGCUGCAGAGAUUAUAAAAUGGAAUUGAUCUUGACGAUCCCAUUACAGUGUUAAAUUAUUUUCUAGAUAACACAGCUUUUGACUUGAAAAAGCAUUAAUAGUAUAAUAUGUUAUAGUUCUGUUAUUCACAGUAGCCAUUUAAAAUGAAACACAAAAGAUUGAGAAGCCAGGUGUUGCUUGAUGAUAGGAUUAAGUAUAAAAUGGGCUUACCAUUAAUAUACACAUGUAAAGUACUAGAAAAAAAUCCCAAACUGAUUCACCUGCAUUUUUAUUCCUCUGUGUGGGAAUUCAUCAACAUGUAAUAAAGUACAUUUUCAGUAAGGAUCUGGUAAGAUCAUAUUAUGAUCUAAAACAGAAGACAAUCCAUUGGGCUAACAAUAAAAUGUAAUAUAGUUUAUAUCUUUACAUUUUAUAGGGAGUCAUGGAAAGGAACAGAAAAUGAUGGUAAUGACAGAAUUCUAUAUGACUGUUGUGUCUCAUAACAUUUUUAUUUGGAAAAUAUGUCUUUGAUGGGUAAACAUAUGCUUAAGUACAAUUCUUCUGCAGAAGUACAAGAACAGACAUUUCAAACUCAUUUUGGUGUUAAAAAAUAAUGCAUCACACUUAUUAUAUAAUAAAUCUCUCAAUCUUGACACCAAUUUACAAAGUUUAGUAUGGUAGUUUCUCAUUACACCAUAGAAAAAUCUAAAUGAUUCUGAAUACAAGAUUCUAGUAGCCACAUAUUACUAAUUAUUGAAAUACCCUUGAGAAAUUUGUUUUAAUCAAAGUACAGUAUGAAGUUUUCUUCCUGUCAGAUGUGAUUAUGGAUAAGUUUUAUAGCAAUUUACUUCCAUUUCUGGCUUAUGGUUUGAAAACCAAUGAGUGAGCCUUUAGUUUUCCACAAAAAUAUAAACACCUCUAUCAUUGAACUCCUUAGAAAGUAUAUUCCUUUCAGAAAUUUAUUGAAACUUCCUCACCCAGUGGUUCUUCUUAUAGAUGCUAAUGUAUUUGCAAAAUUCAUGAAUGUUGUACUUCUUUUUAAUAUCCUAAAAUUUAUUUCCAGUAAAUCAAGAAACGGCCUCACAGCAGGAGAACUGAGACAGGCAGAUUGGCCUGGUUUAAUUCAGAAGCUGGAUAGUUGACAACCCAGAGUUGUAAGUCAGACAGAUUUUUGCUUUAAGGCCAUCUUCUGAGAGUGUUGGACCGAAAUGAUUUAUUUCUUUCCUAAAUUAUUGCUCGUUACUCUAUUCUUUUUGACUAUUUAACAUCCACAUUCCAGUUGGGAACUUUCUUUGCUGGAUGCAUCCCAAUUAAUUUGCCAUUGUCAUUGUGGGAAAAGAGGACAAGAUAUCGAGAUGAAGGAAAUUCCUAAAAAGUGUUUAGGACUCUAUUUUGUGAUUUCUUAAACAUGGUGUAGCUUUUCCAAAAUAAAUAAUGUAAACACUGGGCUCUUAUAACACCACUGUAAGAAUGAUCAAAAAGUCAGUCAUUUCAUGGAGUAUUUUUAGUCAAUUUUUUUUUAAUUCAUGCUUUGGCCAUGAAGGAGACACAACUUGCAGUGGCUAAUAAAUACUGUCAACCCAGUUUGAUGGUCAUUCACUUGCUUUAGCUUAAGUCACAAAUGGUCACUUAAUUUUCUCUAGUGUGUUUUAGAACUUCUGUCUUUAUUCAUACAAGAGUGAAAUUUUUAUUUAAAAUUAAAAAAAAAAUGAAAAUGUUCAACACUGGGAGGAACCCUUCCUCCAGAAACACACUCACACAAUUGAAAGAUAAAAGUGAAUUUAAAAGAAUAGUAUUACCCUGCUAUUUGAUGAAGUAAAUUUUACUUCUCUAGCUACAUACAUCUGGCCUUAUUUUGAGCACUAGAAUUUUAUUACCCACAUUUGCCUUUUCAUACUGAUCUGCUUUGAUAUGAUGAGGUUAUGAAUAAAAGCCAUUUGCUCAUUGUUUAUAUAUGCUACCUGGCAUGCUGUGCACUCUAGCUGCUGUAGUGCUAUUCCCUAAUGAGCAACUAAGAGGAGAAGACACAAUAAUGAACCAUGAAGUCUCCAGAGACCAUAGAAAUGCUUUUGAGGCAUAAAAUAUCCCUUAGUUUUUAUUAUAAAUUUUUUAUUCACAGGGUAAAAACAUAUCAGCAUAAGCAAUAGUACAAAUUCAACUCUUUUUUUUUUUAAGGAGAGAAUGUAGCUUUAUUUGAAAAACUGUGAAAGCUAUUCUCACCAGGGGUUUUAAAAGGGAAUUUGGUUUACUUACAAUGGAAGCAUACUUUCACUAUGAUAUAGAAAAACAUACCCCUAAAUUGGGUAAAUCUUAAGACUGGAAAGCUUACCAAAGCUAUAAGAUUGGGUUGAUUUCCAGAUUGUCUAGGAAAGAACCUUUUUAUUUUAAAUCAUGCCAUACCAACCCAGUCUGAGAUUGCAAAUUAGUUUUCACUCAAAUAUUCCAGCAUUGUAGAUUAGUUAUCAUUUGCUUUAUAUGAUAUAUUAAAGGUACUGUUCUUCAUAUUUUAAUUCAUUUUAUAAGCAAUAAAUUUUAAUGCAUUUAAUUUACUGUAAGAAUACAAAAAUGAUGUUGUCACAGAAUCAAGCAUGGAAAUGGAAAUGGUAUUCUCUGUUUAGUAUGUAGUUGUAUAUUACAGAUAAGAUGCCAGGAUAUGUACACAAAUUUUAUUAUAUGUCUACGUUAGGUGUAAAUACACCAAAAUUUCCUUAGUUCCUCCUCCCCAAAUUAAAAAACUACCAAACCAAACGACAAAAGUCCCUUUCUUUUCAUUUAAUAUUUAUGCACAAUUAGAUAAUAGUGGCUUCUAGCCAUAAGAAAUUGAGGGCAUCCAACUAAGUGAUGUUCAUCUAGCUGCCUGAACCACAGACAUUGUGGCCUUCUGAAUUUGGGGGUAAUUGGUUACAAAGCAAUAGAUAACUAAUACAUCUUAGAGCCUCUGACUAUUCUACUAUUAUUUUGACAAUUUGUUUUUUAAAGAGAUUAUUAUUGUGGCGUAUGUAAAAAAACCUGAAAAUGAUCUUAUUUUAAUUUUACUUUAACUUAGAGAGUAGAUGAGUAUGGAAUUUUAUCUAACUUGAAAUUUCAGAUGUUUUAAUAUAAAUAAAUUCAAAUAUUUUCUUCUUUAAAAUGUGAAAGUCAUUCUGUGUAGAAAUUCUCUUCAACACACUACAAUAUUCAACAUUUUCAAAAGUACCCCAAAAAAGCUUCAUAAGUUUUAUUAUUUAAUUUUCUGUAAAGCAUUGAUUCAUUCUUAAUUAUAUAUUCUCCAAAAAUAAUAGAAAAUACCUCAGGAGUGACAGAAGAUGCUUCCCAUUUUUGUUUUGUAAUGCUAAUUUACAUUUUGAGUCUUGGUUUAUGUCAUUCUAAGAGUUAACAAUAAAAAAAGUAACUAUUUAAUGAAUUGUCUUCCUGUGAUCUGAUGAUUUUUUAAGUAUUUGCUCUUCUUUUUAAAUUGAGAAAUUUGUUUUUGAGAGUCAUGUUAUCUAAACAUUAGUUAUUUAAAUAUUUUGGACUAACGUUAACUUAAAAAUAAAUUAAAAUUUAGAAAUAUA